AUGUGUCUCUUUUUGGAUCAUUUACACAAGCAAUUUUUCAAAAUGUUAAGAAAAGCAUCUGCACAGAUCAUGAGACAGAUGGUGAGGCACAGAAGCACAGACCCAAGUCUGAUUCUAGAAAGAUCCAUUAAUCGAGUGCAGCUAUUGGGCAGAGUUGGGCAGGACCCAGUAAUGAGACAAGUUGAAGGUCGAAAUCCAGUUACAAUCUUCUCACUGGCGACCAAUGAAAUGUGGCGCUCUGGAGAAGGAGAGGUUAACCCAGGAUCUGGUGAUAUCAGUCAAAAGACGACCUGGCACCGUGUGUCCAUAUUUAAACCCGGGUUGAGAGACGUAGCUUACCAGUACGUCAAAAAAGGCUCCAGGAUUCUAGUGGAAGGAAAACUCGACUAUGGAGAGUACGUAGAUAAAAACCAAGUCAGACGUCAGGCAACCACCAUUAUUGCAGAUAACAUUGUUUUCCUCAGCGACAACAUAAGGGACAGAACAUGA